AUCUUCGCGAGUUCCUCCCGUUCGCAAAAUCUCCGACGAAAUCCGCUGCUGGAAUUUGAAAAAAUGGAUGGGCAAGAUUCAGGAGAUUCAAAGCAGAGCACUGCUGACAUGACAGCUUUUGUCCAGAAUCUUCUUCAACAGAUGCAAUCAAGGUUCCAAACUAUGUCUGACUCCAUUAUAACAAAGAAUAUCCUUUUUCUUAUGUCUCAUAUUAUUUACAUGUAACAUUUCACUGUUAAACAGUCCUUUACUGUUAUCUUUAUGAUUGAAUUUCUUGAAGCAAUGAAUUUUUUUAAUUCAUAUUUUAUAGCAUCUGAAAGGAGUUGUUCUGUCUUUUGUUGGGCUGUUGUGGUUGAGGGCAUUGGUGGUAUCUAGGAUUAAACUUUAAUGGAAUGCUUAUAUAUUGCAGAAAGAAAAGAGUACUUAUAUAUUAGCUUCUAUUUGUUAGACAACAUAUAGGAUUUUAGCUUACUUUUGGGGAAAAGUGCAGGAAGGGAUUGCAAUUUCCAUUUUGAAUGAGCUUCAAUCUGUUAAUGCUGUCAAAAACAAGUGGAACAAUUUCAUAUUUAUAGAAUGUGUGGUGCCAUUGAUUGGAGUAUAAAACACUUGAAAUGCUCAAUUGAUAAUCAAACAAAUUUAAUUUGGCUUUUGGUUUCCUUGACUCUGAUGCACUUGAUGAGAUGGGCGGCAGGAUAGAUGAAUUGGAGCAGAGCAUUAACGAUCUCAGAGCUGAGAUGGGUGUGGAGGGCUCACCUUCCCCACCAGUCCCGGUUAAGCCAAAGGAUGAGUCUAAGUCAACCAACGAUUCAGCUUGAGAUUAUUAACAGCAUUUGUCAAAGCUUAAAAGAACCAGGUUGCUGCUGUAUGAUUCCUUUUUCUCAUUUUGCAAAAUCAAUAGUUUUUAAUUUGUAAACAGAUUAAUAUAUUACCCAGGAUAUGAAUCAAAAGCUCUUCCAAUCACCUUUGUUUUCCGGAGAAUUUUAAGAAGCCUUUGAUGUUGCUUCCUAUUGGCAAAUGCUUAAAGGUCUGUUCCUUUUGUUAUUCAUAUAGAACUCAAAAGGUUUGUGAUUAUACUCUAUUUACUUGGUUUGCUAAGUUGGAUGCACAUUUCUGUAAUUGUUAUGAUCUCUAUUGCGUUCAAUCGUGGACCGUAGCAGCAGCAUUUGUUAUUGUUAAAGAGAUUGGACACUGUCUCACGCUAGCCGAAUUGCAUUAUUUCGUUGCCUAAUCAUAUUUACUUUUCAGAACAACAAAUUAUAUUUUCUUUAUUUUAUUACAUUGGAAAUCUGACACAAUUGAGAAGAAAGAAACUAACUCCGGCACCGAGUGAUCUUACUACAACCACGGGUGUAGGGAUUGGCUUGUGCGCCAGGUUUGCAGUUGUAGUACGACGCUCCGCGUUGGGAACACGGCACGCUGUUCUUCAGCAGAGCACCGUAGCCUAUGUACUUACUCGCCGCCAGAAUCCGCCGGUUACUCUCUGAGUCCAUCGCGAACUCCCCGUCGUCGAAAUCCAAUACAGCGUUUUUGCCCA